AUGUCUCCUAAAAUCACCAUCCCCCAACUCCUCGUUAUCCUUCCCUUUCUGGGCCUCGCUGUCGCCGCGCCCGCUCAAAAGUCUACCACCACAAGCGCGACCUCCACCUCCGACGCCCUCAGCACUGGUAUUGCCUCUAGCAAAUUGCAGUCCACAUGUGCUCCUGGCGGAAACAUCGAUCUUUCAAAAUGGACACUCCAGCUCCCCAUCGGAACCACAGGGCAUCCCGAGUCCAUCAGCGGCUCCAAGCUUUCGGGCUGUGACGGCUAUAAGCAGGCCGAUUAUUUCUUCACCUCUCCCACCGACGGAUCCGUCGUGAUGAAAGUUCCGGGCGGCGUAUCCACCGGCUGCGUCACCACACCCAACUCCAAGCAUUGCCGCACUGAGCUGCGUGAAGCUAGUCCUAGUUCGUGGAGCCCUAGCGCUGCUACCAAUAAACUCCGUGCUACGCUUCAGGUGGUUGCGGCCGAUGAUUCGUCACAUGGAACGGUUGUUGGUCAAAUCCAUAUCGAUGACAGUGUAUCUAGCAAACCGGUGUGCGAGUUGUUUUAUAACUCCAAGGGAGUUCUCUCAAUGGGGGUCGAACAAACUAGAGAGGGCGGGAAUGAGAUUGUGACGCAAGUGGGGAGUGUGGCGGUGGGGUCUAAGUUCUCGUAUGAGAUUGCUUAUGAGGGGGGUAAGUUGAGUGUGGCUAUUAAUGGGGGUUCGGCCAAGGUUUUGGAUACUUAUCAGUUGGAUAGCCCAAAGAGUUACUUCAAGGCUGGUAAUUAUAACCAGGGAAAUAGUAAGAGUGAGGUGCACUUCUUUGCUAUUGAUAUUCAGCAUUAG